CUUUAUAAGACAAGGGUUUAGGGAGGAAACUUUGGUUCAUCUUGAACAGCUCCUGAUGCAGAACUAGAAGAACUAAUCUUCAGGGAAAUUCCAAGAGGAGCAUCCGUAAAACCGUGUGGUCCCACAGAUUUCUUCAUCUUGAGGAAAGGCAUCAUGGAGGUGCACCAGUUGGCUGUAGUUUUGCUGGUGGCACUGUGCGCCACUCCAUCUGCUGACGCUCAACCCGCUGAGGUGAAGGCUCGCUACCUACACUUCCUCAACCAGCAUGUGUUUGGGGGCAUGAAUGAAAAACAGUGCGACAGUGUGAUCAGGAAAAGGGGGAUCACACAGGGAGACACCAAUAACUGCAAAGAAACCAAUACCUUCAUAUUGGCAACACAACAGCAGGUCAGAGCAGUGUGCCAAGAAGGGGGCACACACAAGCCAAACACAAGGGAUCUCUACGAAAGCACCAAACCGUUUCCUGUAAUCACUUGCAGUUUACAAAGUGGAGACAGACAACCUAAAUGUAAAUAUCGUGGUCAAAGAAGCACUCGACACAUUACAGUGGGGUGUGCUCAGACAUGGCCUGUGCAUUACGAUGGCGAUGACCUUAUAAUAUAAUUGAUCCAAAGGAAUGAUCAAAAGUACAGAAAAACCAUAAGCACAUUAAUGCAUGCAUAAAGUCAUUUUUGUAAGAUAUAAAUGCUUGUUAAGAGGGACUUUCCUUUCAAAUCAUUGCUGUGCUGUUAAAUCCGAUGGGAAGGGACUUUUUAAGAUGUUUUAAUCACUUGUUCAUCUAUUUUAACGCUGUAUGUUUACAGUAUGUUAACAUUUCAUUUUUUGUCAACUCACCUGUAAUAGUACACUAACCAAGAUACUAAGAUGUAUGUUUAUUACAUUUUAAAAUACUGCUACUGCUAAUACUGCUUCUGUCAGUUCUCCUGUAUGGACAUGUGGAUUUUUUUUUCAGUUGUAAAAUUGUUUGUUUUGUGGUUUUUGAAUUACAAAAUAAACUAUUAAAAUCU